GCGGUGUUCUUGUUUUGUGUGCGAGCGAUGCGAGUCCGAAUGUUGACAUUCAACAUGGCGGCAUGUCGUCAGUGCUGUGCUGUGUCGUGCUUGUGUAAUUGUUAGUUUAGGACAUUUUUGAAACCAACGCUCACUGUAAAUUCCACAUUUAAAAGCUGAAGAAGAAAACAAUAACAUAGGAUUAUUGGAACGACACACAACCACACUCAGCACGCAUUGAAGACAUCUGAGGAUCUUUCAAGCCAACACUUAUCCUUUAAAUCUCCAAUGUUAUCGAUUUAUUCCUUUUAUAAAGGAUGACUGAUGUUUAAGGAAAACACGGUUGUUCUUGAAGAAGUGCGCCUGCUAAAUUGAGUAAUUAUCAACACAUGCAGUUGUUACAAUAUAUAUAUUAUUAACGCAUACAUGUACGGAAAGUAUUAAUGGUAUAUGACGUGCUAAGAAUUUUGUACAUGCAUCGAUUUGUAGUAACGACAUUAGCUGUAACGUUUGUACUUGUGCGCCGUCUACGCUAAGAAGCAUUACAGCAAAAAGAGAUUAGGAGUUGGGAAGACGGUACGGUCAGUGCGAUCACAGCCGGUAAGAGUGCGCCUCCUCGAUCGGUCGAUGGGAUAAGUGCUUCCACCUUGAGAGAGUGCCAAGUUUGCGCGCAAUAGAGCUUCGGUGCUUUUCGACGAAGUGAUCCAUACAAUACGUAUUGAGAAAAAUACCUUUAUCCGCCACCUUCCCUCCUGCUUUCUGGACAAGGCUUGCAUCGGAGCGUGCCACUGGAAAAAGAGCCUUGCCUCCCUUCUUCGUUAAGUUCUCUCGUAACGUCUAAAUAGCAAACGAAGAUAAAUAAGGUACCAAGAACCAUUCUGUGAUAUCUAUGUUAACACUUAAAUAAUUGAAAAGACUAAAAAUCUCUAAAUAUAAGUAUAUAUAUUGCAAGAAGAGGACAAAGAGAGAGAGGUGGAAGUCAAGAUUAAAGGAAUUAAUUAAUCGAGGGACAACCCAAAGUGACGGCACCAGCAAAAUUACAGUUUAACACCAGUCAACUAAUUUCAAGCGAUGUCCAAUAAUCCUCAGUGGAAAACAAUCCAGCCGCCAAUCAUGAACUCCGAUCCGGCAAUACUUGACUACGAGCCCAUGGCCAUUCCGAAGCCUAAGACUGCCUCUGGGAACCACCAGUCCGCAGGUAGCUAUCGAAACGGUACCAACUUCAGUGGAGAUCACUACAUGGGCUCGCCACCGGGAUGCAGAAAAAAUUCCACCGGCUACGGUGGAUAUCCAGCUACGCAAACUUCGCCUCGAAACGGCUCGGCGAGGUUUCCCAUCGGUACUUUCAACACCAUGGAAGGAAAUGCUGGGUACACGGGAGAACCAGCCACUAAUAAUUCUUCUUAUCAAGAUCAAUCUACUAAUCAAGGAACUCGGGAAACUGGAAUCAUUGAAAAAUUACUGCAUUCUUAUGGAUUCAUUCAAUGCUGCGAACGACAAGCGAGGCUCUUCUUCCAUUUUAGCCAAUUUCAUGGGACCAUCGAGCACCUAAAAAUUGGCGACCCUGUCGAGUUUGAGAUGACUUACGACAGGAGAACAGGAAAGCCCAUCGCUAGCAUCGUCAGCAAGAUUGCUCCUGACGUAGUACUAAGUGAAGAAAGGGUCACCGGCAACGUGACGACGGAAUUGCAAGCUAAUGGCGAUUCCCAAGGCCGGAUCAGCUACGAGAACAGAGGCGAGUGUUUCUUCCUGCCUUAUACCAAAGACGAUGUCGAAGGGAACGUCACUCUACGUGCCGGUGAUAGAGUAUCUUUUCAAAUUGCUACGAAUCAACGUGGAAACUUAGGCGCCUGUCACGUGAGACUCGAGAACCCGGUCCACCCGGUGCGUUAUCGCGGCGUGAUAUGUUCCAUGAAGGAGAACUUUGGCUUCAUCGAGCGCGCCGAUGUCGUCAAGGAGAUAUUCUUCCACUUCAGCGAAACGAAAUCCGUCAAGGAGGAAUUGAAGUUAGGAGACGACGUCGAGUUCAUAAUACAAACGAGAAACGGCAAGGAGGUCGCCUGCAACAUCACAAAACUACCUCCGGGAUCCGUCGUAUUCGAGGAGGUCAGCAACGAAGUAGUCAAGGGCCAGGUUUUGAAGCCCCUGGAGAGAGGCACCGUGCCUCGUCAUCAGAGCGAUCCUCUUCCCGGAAGGAUUCGAUACAGAGCGCCGGAUCACUCCGAGGUCGAGGUGCCCUUCGGCGACAAGGAUCAGAAGGGAGACUUCACACUCAGACACGGCGACUGGGUGCAGUUCCGCAUCGCUACGGAUACGAGAGAUCAGCUGAAGAGGGCGACGGAGAUCUCCCUGCUGCCGGAAUCGUUCACUGUUUCCGGAGAGAGGCGGGAACAGGGCAUAAUCGCCACCCUGAAGGACGGAUUCGGCUUCAUCAGAUGCGUCGACCGGGAUACUCGACUCUUCUUCCACUUUAACGAGGUUCUGGACGUGGACCGAGAAAUCAGCGUGAACGACGAGGUUGAGUUCACGGUCGUCCAGGACCCUUCCUCGUCGUUCUCCAACACGAGGCAGAGCGCGAUCAGGCUUAAGCACCUACCAUCCGGCACGGUCCAAUUCGAGACGGUGAUCGACGCCAACAUCGAGGGCAACGUCAUCCAAGAGGUCUCUGGCAUGGAGCCCGGACUUCUGGGCUACUUCAAGUACGGCCAGCCGAAAAACAUUAUCUUCUUCGCGAAGGACUGCGACUCGAAGAACAUCCCUAAGUUAGGAGACAAGGUCCAGUUCAGCAUCUGCCAGGUGAAACGGAACAAGGAGUUGGUGGCGGUCGACAUAUCUCUGCUCGACGCCUCGGGCGAGAAGCCUCCGAAUACCGGCAACAAAAAGUCCAACAGCCAGACCUACCAGGGCUUCAUCGCCACCCUGAAGGACGGCUUCGGCUUCAUCGAGACCGUGAAUCAUGACAAAGAAAUAUUUUUCCACUUCAGUACCUUCGAGGGCGACGCGUCCACCCUGGAGCUGGGAGCGGACGUGGAGUGCACCGUGGGCUCGGGUAGUGGUCGCUCCACUGGCGGAUGCAUCGCCGCCGAACACGUGCGUCUGGUCCCUCGGGGAAGCAUCCCGAGGCCGACUCCCGUCAGCGAGGUCCUCGAUGGAAUCGUGCUCAGGCCCCUGGGCAGCUUCAACCCCGAGCAGGCCGAAUACGCCGGGCUGAUCAAGAUAAACCCCACCGCCGAGGAAGAGGAGACGUCCGAGUACGAGUUCGGCAUCAUGGGCCUGGCGAACAAGCGCGACCUCCUCCAGGUCGGCGACCCGGUGCAGUUCCAGAUCGACUCGGCCGGUCACGCGUGCAACAUCGUCGUCGUGAGGAAGAAACGCAGGGCCACCGUGGACGCGGUAAAGGGCCCCUUCGGCUUCCUCGCGUACGAGGUCGACGAGGGGAAGAAGCUCUUCUUCCACAUGAGCGAAGUUCGCGACCAUGCUACCCUCGUGCCCGGGGACCAGGUCGAGUUCGUCCUGGUAACGAAUCAGCGCACUGGCAAGUCCUCGGCGUGCAACGUCACCCGCCUCAGCGACGCGGUGCAACAACGGCCUGAGCGCUUGAUAAGCCGACUGCGCACCAUAUCCCAGGAGGACUCGGGUCCCAAGCUGACCGUGGUCAGACAGCCGAAGGGCCCGGACGGGACGCGCGGCUUCACCCAGGAGAGGUCCCAGCACACGCCCGGGUCCAUCCAGGAGUGACGACCCCCGGCAGCAGCGGAGUCGCAGCCCCGACUUUCUCUCGGUCCUCGACUCGACUCGCCGUGACCUCGCCACGAGGCGCGACGCGCACACCUACACGAGCACACGCUCCAUACACCCACACUCACACGGACACACAGGUACUCGAGAGGGGAGGCAAGGAACGCGGAAAGAAAUUAACGUACACAUGCCAAAUCGCCCGGGAUUACGAGCGACGCGGGAUUAUAACGAGUAAUAUUAAAUUAACGAUAAUAAUUAAUUGUCGGCUGAAGGAGGAGGGUGGAAAUAUCGGCGGAGAGGGUUCUCGCGGAAAUGUUUUAGGGAGGGCGCGAAGUUCGCGCGAGCGCGGCAGUUGUUCGUUAAUCAGGUGUAUUAGCUUCUCCGCGGCCGGGUAAUGCCGAUCGGGGCUUGCGAUUUUAUUGCGGGGGUUUAAUCGGAAUAUGGCAAUCGAACGGGCGAACGAUCAAUUAAUAGGGAAAUUGCCGGGGUGGUCGCGUCAAUUGAGAUCGGUCGCCUCUCUCCUGCGCGAACCUGGGCCAUUCGGCGACGCGACGACGCAGCCGUCGUUUGCAUACAUAUACCCCCUCCCCUCAUUGAUCCCUCCCCCCCCCUUUAUUUCAAUGAUUUUUGCAACUGUAUAAACUAAUGGUUAAAUGUGAACAUUGGGACUUUUAAUUGGCGGGCGCCACGUGGUCCUUGUCACGUGGUCGUCCCUGUAGCUGUCAAAACCGACGCGGUCGGGCCCUCGCGAUGCUUUCGGUCGGUGCAUGGGAUGCGGAAAAAGGAAUUGCAAUCGCCAUGGCGACUCGAAUCGCGAUGGGGCACCCUCGUGAAUCGAAUGAUAGGCCGCAAUGCCGGACACCUGCCUGUUUGUACGUUCUCUGAGACGAUGUCCUGUCUGUCUUGAUAAAAAUAUACUUACAUGUUGAUACAAUCCUCGCGUUAAUUUCUCACGUCUCUCGCUCGGAACCCAUAGGGAGGGAUGGGAGAAAGGGACGAGGGCGUGCUCACGAUAUUUUUAUGGGGAUUCUUUAUCGGGGCGCGACCGGUCGGCGGGAGGAGGAAUUUCCUUCGGAGAGCUAUGCGGAAUCUUGAACUCUUUUUUUUUUUCUUUUUUUUUUUAAUGCCUCCGCGUGGGUAGGGAGCCGGUGGCACAAGUGUGCGAGUAUAUGUACGAUAUUCAUCUGUAUACAUAUAUAUUUAUAUACAUAUAUAUAUUGAUAUAAAUAUAUAUAUGUAUACGCCCUGCUCUCGGGAAAUUUUUGUAUGGCGUCGCACUCUGUUAACGAUUGUCUAUGAACUUGUAAAAAAGAGUUACAACUGGCCAACUGUUUGUCCUAGAUAAUAUAUAUAUAUAUAUGAAGAAAAAAAAAAAAAGAAGAAAAGAAAGCAACACAAACAAGACAAAAAUAUAAAUAUAUAUAUAUAUUAUAUCGUUAAGUUCCUGACGCAGUCUCGUGUUGUCAAAUCAAAUUAGUAUUACUGGAUACGGUGGAAGUGGCAAGGGUGAUAACGAAACGAGGAGAGAGAGAGAGCCGAGGACGAAUCGAUUUCUCGCGUUAACGGAGGAAACGAAGGAGACGAGGACGGCGACGACUUAUGGGGGAACGGAGGACGAAGGAGCGGGUUUUUUGUAAAUUUGCCAUCGUUUGUGUGUGGGCGGUAUGUACACGUGGCAUUACUUAGGCGAUAGAGGGAGGAGGAACAUAAUCACGUAAUACGUAAAACACAAGCACGAUACAAACUAAGCGCUUGUCAUAAGACCCAUAGAUCCGACACAUCGUAUGCAUACGUACUGUAAAACUAUUGGUGAAUAAACACUGAAAGCAUCUCA